AUGGCCGCUUCUCCAGGAACGAGUGACAUUGUGGAUUCACAAAUAAGAAUAACAUUUUGUUCUGUUUUACAACCUGCCAGAAAGAAAAAACGAGGUUGUGCGUUGCAUUGUUGUGUUCCACAAUGUAACAGUGACUCCCGUUACAACAGCUCGUUGUCUUUUCAUCGUUUUCCAAAGAAAGACGAACAACUCAGAGCAAACUGGAUCGUAAAAAUUCGACGAGACAUAGGUGAAAACUUUAAGCUCACUGAAGGCACCAGGGUCUGCUCUGCACAUUUUGUAGAUGAAGAUUUUCUGCCCCCUGAUCGGGCUGGUCGACGGAAUUUGAAAAAAGAUUCUGUCCCGUCUGUUUUUAAUUGGCCAGCUAGAACGACCCAAAGAAGAAAGAUUGUACGACAUGUUGAAAGUGAGACACAAACAGACGAGAGUGAUGUAGAGCCUGAGCAACCUGAAGCACCAUCUCAAUUAUAG